UGGGCAGUCUGUGUGUGGUACUGCGAGUGUUGGAGAAGCUGGGCAAAAGCGACUGAGCUGCUGGCACGUACGAGUCAAACAUUUUUAAACAAACGAAAAGGGAUUGGGAGAUUUAACCAACAAACGGGACUUCAGCGAUUUUGUUUCGGCUAUUAAAUGGGAAAUACAUUCUCGGAGCGUUUGUAGGCGCCGCUUUUCAGUGGUUGGGAUUGUACGCAGCCCAGACAGCCACCGAUUCCCAACCAGCGCCUGUGUAAGGUCACGAGUGGAGGACUUCGACGAUUCUUCCGUGCGAGGAUUGUUCGCUGUAUUUACAUUCACGGAAAGGGGGUUUAUGGAGACAAAGGGUAACGCUGAAGAUAACUUUGUAAUCAGGACUGUUUUAUUUAGUUAUUGAGCACUCUGUGCGUCUACUCUGUUCCUGUUUUAUAUCUGAGAAGAUUGCUAUCACCGUGUUUACUUCGAGGCUCUAGUGGAUAUAUGGUUCAAACGGAAUAAAUACAUUAUUGUUUGAUCAACGUAUUAGGAAAAUACACUACACUGAUAUUUUCCUGUAUGGUUCUGUAAUGUUGUCGGGUUAAAUUCAAAUGAACUGCAGUCAGGGUAAUCUUGUUAUUGCGAGAAGACUCACGAGAAGCGUGUUAGUCGCUGCGAAAAGAAGCAAAUGUGUGUUUGACUGACUCUACGCAACUAUUCUGUGUUUACAGCACACGCGCAGAUAAAAGCCUGACUCUUAUUGGCGAUAAUGAGCCAACGCGCCGUGUUGUUGUCUUGCUACUCGGCGCUGUGAAGGGUAAAGGGGGUUUAAUCGGUGGAGAAACGCUUGGAUCGGGUGGACGGACGGGCUCUCGCUCAUCUACUCUGAUUACUGAAGUGCACUACGUCUCCUGGAUCAUCACCUUAGAAGGGAUACAUUCAGGAUGUAUCCGCAGGGCCGGCAUCCGGCACCUCACCAGCCUGGUCAGCCAGGCUUCAAAUUCACCGUAGCAGAAUCUUGUGACCGGAUCAAAGAUGAAUUUCAAUUCCUUCAAGCUCAGUAUCACAGUCUUAAAGUGGAGUAUGACAAACUGGCCAAUGAGAAGACAGAGAUGCAGCGACACUAUGUCAUGUACUAUGAGAUGUCCUAUGGGCUGAACAUUGAAAUGCAUAAGCAGACUGAGAUUGCUAAACGGCUAAAUGCAAUUCUUGCUCAAAUCAUGCCUUUUCUGUCACAAGAGCACCAACAGCAGGUCGCACAGGCUGUUGAACGUGCUAAGCAAGUGACAAUGACAGAGUUGAAUGCCAUCAUCGGGGUACGUGGACUUCCCAAUCUGCCUCUCACCCAGCAGCCUCAUGCUGUCUACCCUGUUCUGAUGCAGCAGCAGCUCCAGGCUCAGCACCUUUCCCAUGCUGCACACGGACCCCCAGUCCAGUUGCCACCUCACCCCUCAGGGCUUCAGCCCCCUGGCAUCCCUCCAGUCACAGGCGCAGGGUCAGGCCUUCUGGCUCUCGGAGCCCUGGGCAGCCAGGCACACCUGCCAGUCAAAGAUGAGAAGAACCACCAUGACUUGGAACACAGAGAGCGGGAGUCUAGCACGAAUAAUUCUGUAUCACCAUCAGACAGCCUGAGGGCCAGUGAGAAACACAGAGGUUCAUCUGAAUACAGUCUGGACCCAAAGAAACGCAGAGUGGAGGAAAAAGACAACAUGAGCCGAUAUGACAGUGAUGGCGACAAAAGUGAUGAUCUGGUCGUAGAUGUGUCUAAUGAGGAUCCAGCCACCCCAAGGGUCAGCCCGUCUCACUCUCCCCCUGAGAAUGGACUUGAUAAGGCCAGAGCACUGAAGAAAGAUGCUCCCAACAGCCCAGCCUCUGUGGCCUCCUCUGGGAGCACCCCCUCUUCGAAAGUGAAGGACCACCCACAUAACGACAAGUCCUCAACCCCAGGUUUGAAAUCCAACACCCCCACCCCACGCAAUGACGCUCCCACCCCAGGAACCAGCAACACCCCUGGGCUCAGGCCCAUACCUGGAAAGCCACCUGGCAUGGAGGCACUGGCAGCACCUGCCCUGCGUACUCCGUUGUCGAUUGCGGCACAAUACGGGGCUCCAUUCGCAAUGAUGGGUCACCACCCAGAGAUGAAUGGCUCAUUGACCAGUCCAGGAGUUUACCCCGGCCUACACAUCUCCCCACAGAUGAGCGCCGCUGCUGCUGCUGCCUAUGGACGCUCACCUAUGGCGGGCUUUGAUCCUCAUCCUCAUAUGCGUGCUCCGGGUCUGCCAACAAGUCUGACCUCUAUACCUGGUGGAAAACCGGCCUACUCCUUCCACGUUAGCGCUGAUGGCCAGAUGCAGCCAGUACCUUUCCCUCCAGAUGCUCUGAUUGGACCAGGAAUACCUCGUCAUGCCCGUCAGAUCAACACACUCAGCCACGGCGAAGUGGUGUGUGCCGUAACCAUUAGCAACCCCACGCGGCACGUCUACACUGGCGGCAAGGGCUGCGUGAAGAUCUGGGACAUUAGUCAGCCUGGCAGCAAGAGCCCCGUCUCGCAACUGGACUGCCUGAACAGGGAUAACUACAUCCGUUCCUGUAAGCUUCUUCCGGAUGGCCGUACUCUGAUCGUUGGAGGAGAAGCCAGCACUCUGACCAUAUGGGAUCUGGCCUCUCAGACUCCUCGUAUCAAAGCCGAGCUCACUUCUUCUGCCCCGGCCUGCUAUGCACUAGCAAUCAGCCCUGACGCCAAGGUCUGCUUCUCCUGCUGCAGUGAUGGAAAUAUUGCAGUCUGGGACCUCCAUAACCAAACUCUUGUCAGGCAGUUCCAGGGCCAUACAGAUGGGGCCAGCUGUAUAGACAUUUCCCAUGAUGGCACCAAAUUGUGGACAGGUGGUCUGGACAACACUGUACGGUCCUGGGACCUGAGAGAGGGGCGACAGCUCCAGCAGCAUGACUUCACGUCACAGAUCUUCUCUCUAGGCUACUGUCCGACGGGCGAGUGGCUAGCUGUCGGAAUGGAAAGCAGUAAUGUGGAAGUGCUUCAUCACACCAAGCCUGACAAGUACCAGCUGCACCUGCAUGAGAGCUGUGUCCUCUCCCUCAAAUUUGCCUACUGUGGUAAAUGGUUUGUGAGCACUGGGAAGGACAAUCUCUUGAAUGCCUGGAGGACUCCCUAUGGUGCCAGCAUUUUCCAGUCAAAGGAGUCGUCCUCUGUCCUGAGCUGUGACAUCUCUGCGGAUGAUAAAUACAUUGUGACAGGAUCUGGAGACAAAAAAGCCACAGUGUAUGAAGUGAUAUACUAAAUUUACAGACCUUCAACUGUAGCUUCACCAGGUUGAGAAACCUGCGAAUGGAACUUCUCUUUGGGCCUGAUUUUAAAUGGAUUAAAGGGGUCACUCCUCCAACUUUCCUAAAAGAUCUCUAUAGUAGGAACCCAGGUUAGGGAUUGGUUGGUCCACUUCAGAUCGGAACCAGAUGGGUUUUUUUUUUUCCUCACACUUGGACUCUUACAGCAGUGGAGCAGUCCUCUACAGAUCCAACUGGAAACAUUAAACAAAUGUCCCAAGGACUUCCUGCUGGCACUAAUGUAGUAAAUAUUGUCAUGCCUUUGCUUUUGGUGUGCUCAUGGGAUUGUGUGUGCCUAUUCCUCCCCUGGUAUUUUUGUUCUUUUUUCCCCUUCCUCUAACAAAAGUGAACAAUCUGUGAUGUAAUAUGAAGCAGUGCUUCAAUUUUAGCCUCCUGCUCCCUGGACAAUUUGUUAAAAAGUGUAUAUAUGGAGUGAAGACAUUUUAUAAAUAUAUAUAAUUCUAUAUAUUUCCAUGUCCUGAUAUACUUGUGAUGGGUUUCUUUGUCCUCAUGUCUUUAAUGCUUGAUGAAUGUAGAUUAGGACACACUUUUUUUUAUUUUGUAAGCGCACUCUCUGGGCCGGCCAUUUGCUCAAAGUCAGAAAUUGCUUGUGUGGGAAAACCUUCCUGUUUUAGAAUAAUCUUAGGAGACAUUCUCCAUGUUUAAUAGUUAUUUUUGUUUUUGAGCAUAUGUGCUUUUUUUGGAAAUGGGAUCAAACUGGAAGUCAGAAUACGUCAGAACUCCUUUCGUGAAAUGCUAGAAACAUCCCAGAGGAGAGUGAGGAGUCGUUUGUAAAUUGACUGCGAUAUUAAACUUUGAGAAUAACUAACUGUACUACUUGUCUGUGCCCUUGGCCUUGUGUCUUGUUGAAAUGAGGAAUUCAGAUUACAAAGUGUGAUUGUAACAUGCUGAUUCGGCAUGGAUUGUACGCCAUAAUGAGCAAUUUGCCAACUGAAACGGGAUAUGACUCACCUCGAUGAUUGACAACUUAACUCUACUGUAGAGAGCCCCACCUUAAUGAGCCUGCAGCCCUGUUUUCGGGCCUUGUCACAGAUUUAUGUAAGCUUUUUUGUGAGAGAUCAGUGUCGAAAGGAGGUUUGUUUCUGUGCAAAUUGAGCCAGUGUACUGAUUAAUAUUUUCAUGGCUUGCACUUGACUUUAGUAAUGUGGAAGCACAGUGCUCAGAGCGAGGGAAGAAGAGAGCAGCUUUUUAAACUCGUUCCAGGCUAACUAUUUGUGUGUAAAUCUGGACUGUUUAACUGUGUGAACUGGAUUGGCCCCUGCAUAUCUCUGCUUCAUGGGGCCGCAGCAAAACUCAUGUUGGUAAACGCUGUCUUCAAUUCAGCCUGCCUUUUACAAUUUCUCAACUUCACACCAAAGUAUGUAGCAAACUGUGUCAGCACUGAUCAUGUACAGUUGUUAAUAAUUCAAUAAACUUUUUCUUUUUUU